AGGUAAUAAAACAAGCUUAGCUUAGCGCGGUAGCUUCAACAUUCCCAAAAUGUGGUUUGUGAAAGGAUUCGUAAUUGCGGCUCUACUCGUGGUUGUUUCGGGCUACACAACUAAAAGAAUCGGAUGCAAGUAUCCAGCUUCCAUGCUGGCCAAGAAUACAGCUAAGAAGAAGGGGAAGCCAUAAUGUCUGCGGUAGAAUACUACAAUGGCAAAUAAAAACGAAUGCGAGAAGUCAGAAAUCUCACUUUCUUGUUCUGUAAGAUCAGCAUCAGAAUGGAUGGAAGGACAACGUCCAGCAAAGGUUGCAACAAGGAAUGGCUGCGGCGAGGUUAUAAUCUUAUGGAUGGUACAGCGAUUUUAUGCCGUUAUCCGAAAUCCAAUGGUGCACCAUUCUCUGGAAGUCUAAUGCUUGUGAAUAUACUUAAGUUCAUCGGCUAUUAUUUUUGAUACCUCCGAUGUUAGACAAUUCGAUUUGUUUUAUGUGUUGUAGCGAGGAUCAAAUUCCCUAGUAAUAAC